CCCCCACCCGGUGAUGUCUGGGGUUCGGUGACGGGACAGCAGGUUCAACCGUCAGUCCAUCUGGUGAGUGGAGGUCGGUGGACAACAGUUUUUCCCCGUGUUUUAUACAUCAUUCACAUUUCUGAGGCCUCUCGUUCAUUCAAACCUCAGACAUCUGGCCUCACUGAAAACAAUCUGACUCCUCCAUCAGUUCCUCCGCACCGGCUUUUUGUUUAUCGUCCGUCAUGGCGAUCGCCCACGUCGCCACGGAGUACGUGUUUUCCGACUUUUUGCUCAAGGACCCCACGGAGAAGAAGUACAAAGGGGUGCGUCUGGAGCUGGCCGUGGAUAAAAUAGUCACGAUCCUGGCGGUGGGGCUGCCUUUGUUUCUCAUCUCCCUCGCCUUCGCUCAGGAGGUGUCAGUGGGUACCCAGAUCAGCUGCUUCGCUCCCUCUAAUUUCUCCAUGAGACAGGCCGCAUACGUGGACUCUUUUUGUUGGGCAGCAGUGCAGCAACAGGCUGACAGUUCACCAAUGUGGCUGCAUAAGUUCUUUCCAUACAUCCUGCUUUCACUGGCCAUCCUUCUCUACAUCCCGGCCUUGCUCUGGCGUUUCACAGCAGCUCCGCACAUCUCCUCUGACCUCAGCUUCAUCAUGGAGGAGCUGGACCGCUUUUACAAUCGUGCCAUCAAACUGGCCAAGAAUCUGGCUUCUUUAGAUAGCAAUGAUUCAGCAGAGGACACCCAGAGUGCUUUGGAUGUCGCUGAGGGCUGCUUUAAAUACCCUUUAGUGGAACAGUAUCUGAAGACUAAGCGCUUCAGUCACAGCCUUGUGGUGAAAUACCUGGCAUGCCGUGUCCUCACACUGCUCAUCCUUCUGCUGGCAUGCCUCUACCUCGGCUACUACAUCCGACUGGCAUCUCUGACCGAUGAGUUUCCCUGCGACCUGCGGACGGGCGUGCUGAAGAACAGCAGUGAUGUGCCGCCUGCUAUUCAGUGUAAGCUUGUAGCAGUGGGUGUCUUCAGAUUGCUCAGCUACAUCAACCUGGGGGUGUAUGUGCUUCUUGCUCCUUUGGUGGUUUACGCUGCCCUCGGACCUGCACGGCAGAGCUCCAUCUUCCUCCGGCCUUAUGAGAUGCUGCCGGGAUUUGGCGGUCUGGGUGUGGUCACGCCCAUCUACAACGACCUCAGUAUCUAUCUGCUCUUCCUGUGCGAGAACCUGAGUGAACUCAAGUCAUUUAAAUGUCUGCAGGUGCUUGAGUUGUUGCAAGAGGCUGGUGAUGAGGGCUUUGACACCAUGUGCCUGCUGCAAUCUCUGGGUCAGGUGAAAACAGACGUGUUAGACAGUAAGAAGACUUGCCCACGCGGGAACUGCAAAGAAACAAAAAAUGCUGAAGAAUAAUCACUCUGAGAUUACAGUCUUGUUUCUGAAUAACUGGCCUGAUGAGGAUAAGUCCUGCUGUGAUGGAAAAGAAGAACCAGGACCAAACCCUGUGCACUUAUUUUAUCUGUAUUGCUCUUAGUGUUUACCAACAACAGUGUAAUCCAAAUGAAAAAACAGAGGAGGACUAUAGCUGUUCAUAGUUUGACCAACUGAUAGUUUACCUCUCAGGUGUCUUAUUUUUAAUAUAUUUGUUGCUGAUUGCAGGCCUUGUAUUUUUUUUCUAAAAAGAAAUCCCUGUGAUUCUCUCUUUUUCUAUUUUUUUUUUUGUACUAGAGUUCACACUACUUUUCUCAGGAUCCAAAUUGCCUUCCAAUCAAAUUAAGCCAUGUUCUUAAGACUGAAAUUUGUGUGUGAAGUUAAUUCUCCAAGUCUAAGAACCUACGUCCUGCCCUUUAUGAGAGAAUGAGGCAAGUUUCCUAAUACUUGUUUUACAUGUAUUUACAGUUAAGGUAAUACAAAGAUGUAGUGUCCAUUCAAAGUAAGCUUAAAAUGAACAUGAUUGUAAAGUAUGUGUGUAAAUGUAUAGUUAUUAACAGCAGCAUGCUCUAUGUCAUGUAUUGGCAUGUUGCCCAACACUAAUAUGCUGAUGGCAACUCUCCAUUUUAUAUGAAAUAUGAAUGAACAUUUUUUUCAUGUGAUAAAAUAUUAAGAUCCUUAUUGCCAGAGGGCUUUCAUGCUUUUACGUGUCCUUAUUCAAUUAAAGAAUGUUGUUUUGAGUUA